GUUUUUGUGUGUUGUUGUCGAGCGUGAAGUGUGCAAUUAGACAACUGAAUUUGUUUAAAUGUAACGAGAGAGUCGAAAAAAUUCACACAACAGCAACGACAAAGGCGAGCGAAUCGAUUUUAAGACAAUAGCAAGCUACGGAACAAAAUUUCAAGUCGCUCGGCUAUCCCAAAAUCGAGGUUUUCGAGAAGUGCUAUACCAAAUACAUAUACAAGUCUGUAGAAGAGAGCGUGCGAAAACAGAAACCCAAACAACGGAUAAGGAGAGUCAAGUGGUGGGGCUACGAAAAGCAAAAGGAGUACGCAUAGAAAAAGGAAAAGCCAUCCACACACAUAUACCCAUAUUUUUGGGCCACUUUUCCAAGCCAGCUGGGAAAAGGCGGUGAAAUUGGGACUUUCGAAGGCCCGAAGAGCUCAGCUGCAGGAAUAAGCUGACGAAGCUGACGAAACUGAAACCUUGAGACAGCGAUUCGCACGCACACCAGCGCAGGGGCGCAUCUACUCACACACACACUCACGCACAGAAGCAGGAGCAGCAGGAAGUUCAGACAUCAUGAGUUCGCAAUACUCGAAUGUGGAGAACCUGUCGCCGCAGACGAUAAGGCAGGUGAUGAGAGAGCUGCAGGAGAUGGAGACCACGCCACCGGAAGGCAUCAAGGUGCUGAUCAACGAAAGCGAUGUGACGGAUAUUCAGGCUCUGAUCGAUGGACCUGCUGGCACUCCGUACGCCGCUGGAGUUUUCCGCGUGAAACUGACGCUGAACAAGGACUUCCCGCAGACGCCACCCAAGGCGUACUUCCUCACGAAGAUCUUUCAUCCGAAUGUGGCCGCCAACGGAGAGAUCUGUGUGAACACAUUAAAGAAGGACUGGAAGCCGGAUCUGGGCAUCAAGCACAUUCUGCUCACCAUCAAAUGCCUGCUGAUUGUCCCGAAUCCGGAAUCGGCGCUAAACGAGGAGGCCGGAAAGAUGCUGUUGGAACGCUACGAUGACUACUCACAGAGGGCGCGUAUGAUGACAGAGAUCCAUGCCCAGCCUGCGAAAUGCGGUGUUGGCGCUUCUGGCGAUGCCAAAGACGAUGAUGGACCCUCGACGAAGAAGCACGCGGGCCUGGACAAGAAGCUGCAGGACAAGAAGAAGGAGAAGUUGCUCAAGGAGAAGAAACGCAUGCUGAAAAGAUUAUGAGAGGCAUAAGGCGGAGUUCCAUGGACUAGCUAAUCAACCAGGAGCAGUAAGCAGUAAGCGGUAGCAGAACACGUCGGAUACGAAUGGAUGGAUAGAUGUUAAAGAAUGGAUGAGUGCGAGCGUAAAUACCCCACAACCACGUGAAAGGUGGCAGGAUCGAAGCUAGCAAGAUCGAAUCAAAGGAGCAGGCGCGCUAUGAAAUUUUACACUGAUCUGAUACAAAACAAAAACAAAAAAAAACCAGUAAAUUGAGCUACUGAAAGAAUGGAGUGACCGAAUAAGAAACGGAGACACCUGAAGGCUAAUAUCGGAAACGAAAGUUAAAGCUGCAGCAAUUUCGGUAGAACGAGAGAGAGAGAGAAAAAAAACCACUCCAAAGAACAGUGCAUCCAGUUACCAUAUACGAUUAUUUUAACCACAUUUUUUGGUGGCACGCCGCUGUCAACUGAGUCUAGGAUAUAGAAAACAAAAACCAACAAAAACGCAACCAAGAGAAAUGGGGAUUGCAACCAUCUCCCAAGUAAUUUAUGUAGUUCUUUUUUCUUAACGCUCAUGGGCUAUCCUAGCAUAAUUUAUGUAAUUAGAUUAAACGAAACAAGGAUAACAUUAUCGCCUCAUACAUGCCACCAUCCAAACACCCUGUCUCCAAAACUCUCUAGAAAGCAUCACUAACAUACCUUUAAGAGCAUUAUGAUCGUUCACUUUGGGGCACGUCCGCAUAUUGGAUAACCGCCACGCCAAACGUACACUUACACCUUUUAUUUUUUUUUUGUGUCUUUUUAAAAUUGUAUUUGCUUAGUUCGUUAAUUAAUAAACUUCGAUUCGUUACAUUCAAUUGCCCUGUUUAGACAUAAGAUACACACAAAACACACAUCCACGCAUCCAAUACACAAAUUAUUAACAAAA